ACAUAGAAACUAAUGGGUUAGAUGCCAGUAAAUGCCAAGCGUUAGAAAUAGCCUUUCAAAUCAUUGACUUACAAACCAACAAAAAAAUGGGAGAAUAUUCCCAAGUUGUCAAAAUUACUUCAGAACAGUGGACUAAUGGUUCGCCCCAAGCCUUGCAAGUUAAUGGCUUUACUUGA